CGAGACGACGUGCACCAUGUCCAAUUCCCAGCGCCCAAGGAGCCCCAGUGAUCGCCUGAUGGACCAUGAGAAAGACAAGGCUGGGGAGAGCAGCUCCAGCUCAACACGAUGGAAUCCCCCCAAACGGCAGAAGGUGGACCUGGGUCCCAGGACAGGUGCAGAGUCAGUCCCAAGGAAACAACCUCCUAACCCUGGUUUAUGGGAGUCCUUGAGAAUACCCCAGGGGCACCAGAUCCCUGGCAGACAGAUGAUUGUCAUCCUCUUGGAACCGGGGACAGACCUCCAGCUGCGCCUGGAAGAUGAGGUCCUCACACUGGGCCCACAGGAAGCCCUGGAGCUCGAUCUCAUCCACGUGCUCAUCCUGGUCAUCCCUGAGAAGGCCCUCAAGUCCUCAGAGCAACUCUGGGACUCCACACAGGAAUGCUGGCUCCGCCUCACAGGUACAGACCCCACUUGGGAGAUUGACAUUGAAACUGGAUCUCUUAGAGCCCAGACAGAAGAGAAUGUGUGUGUCUCACAGGCUGAAGAGGAGGGUGAGGCUCCCCAAGGGCCCCAGCCCCUGAAGGCACAAGCAGCAAACCUGCUUCCUGGAAUCAGGUGCUCUUCCCAGAGCAUCCUCUACCUCAAGCCUCGCUACACAACCGCUGCCCCCAAAGGAUCCAUCCAGAUGCUCAGGCCAACUUGUGGGAGACGAGCUCUGCCACCAGAAUUUCAGGUGGACCUGUACGACCUGGAACCCUUGCCCAGCUCUGCCCUCAGGCCUCUGCCUCCCUCGUCCAGCCCAGGACCCAGACUUUGCCACAAGGUCUUUCGCAGGCCAAUUCCCAAAGCCCAAAAACAUCUCUUCAAAUGCUGAUGAGCCUGGAGCUUUCAUGCCCCAGAGAAGACCCAGAGCUGCUUCAUUUCAGCAUCGUGGACACCUGCUGCUGCUGGGCUGUGUCUCUUAGCAGAACUUGCUGUGCCUGUUGGGACUGAGAAGCAGUAGACACUGGACAAGUAGAGAAAUGCUGUGUCCUCUCGACCAAACCUUGUGACUCAUUGACUUGUGUUUAUAAAUUCUGUUCUCAGACCUGAGAGGUGAUUCAGUUACUGAAACACAUGAAGGUAUUGAAUCAGCACAAUGCAGCUGUGUAAAACUUAUGGGGACCUUUAAUUUUAUGAUUCUUCAUAUACAUAAAACAUUUCUGCGGAAAAUUAACUUGACAAUUGAGUUAAGUUGUUACCUGGAAGAAGA